CGCAGAAUAUGGUAAGAAAUCUUCAAUAAAUGGUUAUUCUUUGAAAAUUUCAAAAAAAUUUAAUGAUUCUGGUUCUUUUUAAGGAUUUCGACAUGUGCCUUUGUUGAACAGUGAGGGUGAAGUGCUACCCAAUGCUACGCUUUUCGUCCAUGUGGCUAUCACCAAUAAGCGUGGUGGAGGGAAAGCCAAGAAAAGGGGCAUGUCAGUGAAACGGAAAUCCAGUCGAGUCAACACUGGCAUGAAGCUCGUUGGUAUUAAGACUGUUGAUGACCAGUUCAAAACGGCUGUGGCUCCACUUUGCGAGUCCAUAGCAAUGCGGAACAAACUCGAAGCUGCUUUGGUGGAAUGGCAAGAAGAAUGUGGUCUCGGACCUGCGGGUACCAUCCGACAAGGAAUUCCCACUCCACCUUCAUCACCAUCAGCUGGUUCGGAAACUAGCCGUAGUCAAGAAGUUGUUCCGUCAUUCAUGAUUGAAAGCGAUGAAAAGAAUUUCCCCGUCAUUAUUGUGAAUGGCCAAAUCCCAGAUCAAGUUCAGCGAACUUUCCAGAAGCUUAAGGUGCUAAUAGCUCAUUGCGUUGCCACAUUAGGACAUGCUGACAAUCUCCUAACAAAGAUCGAAGAGUCAAUUAAGCAUAUCUCGGAAAGUCAUAACGAACUGGCCCAUCUGUGCCUAGAAAGUGGCCUAAAGGGACAAAAAGCAACAAGAGCAGCCGAGAACUUCACAUGGAAUUUGAGGUUGGCCUUUUGCACGUUGGGAGGAUGAAA